AUGAACGCACUCACAAUCUCCUCGUCUCUUCUGACGGCUCCUCCACCGGACCUACCUCCUAUUCUUCGCAUUGAGCAGGGUGACGACCACAUCGUCCCAGAUGGCACGCAGCUACCCUACGAACAUGUGGGAAUACUAGGUUUCGGACAUAGUGGUACUGUCGAGAAAGUGAGAGACAAGACCACCGGGGAGGUUUAUGCGCGCAAGAUAAUGCAUAUGCGUGGAAGGAAGCACAAAGCGCAAACGGAACUCAUCUUCUCCAACGAAGUCAGGAUAAUUCGCAGCCUCAACAAACACCACCAUAUUAUACACGUCUUCGCAACGUACAUGACCCGACGUGAGGUUGGGUUGAUACUUCUUCCAGUAGCAGAUGCUCCGCGCAUCGCUUUGAUGCGGCACGUCCUUGAGCAGGCUUUCGGAUGUUUAGCCAAUGCAUUAGCGUUCAUACAUCUGCAGCAGGUUCGGCAUAAAGACAUCAAACCUCAAAACAUUCUGAUCGAUCAUGGUCGCGUCAUAUACACGGAUUUUGGAUACUCCCUAGAUCACAGUCAGCUUAGUCGCAGCACAACUGAAGGCCGACCGGAUGCGCUUACUCGACGAUACUCAGCACCCGAAGUACUCGCAUACGAGCAUAGAAAUUCAUCGUCCGACGUAUUCUCCCUCGGAUGUGUGUUUCUUGAGAUCAUGUCCGCACUAACAGACGGUCCAGACCUCUACCCAAAUCAAGGCAGUUACUCCGAGAUUCUAGAUGAUAUACACGAACAACUCGGACUGUUGAUCUUACCCCCAAGACUGGUGUUUCUCCCAAACAUCAUCGCCACAAUGAUCGAGCACGGGCAAAUUGCCCGUCCUGAGGCCAGCCAAGUGUCGGAGGCAAUAUGCGGCGCGCCUGGGUGUUGUUGCGUUGAGUGUUACCAGGCAACAACCCAAGCAGAACGAAAAUGCAGACACGUUAGAGAGGAAAACAAAAGUAUCGAUGCAAGCAUGCAGGCAGGAAAUCCAGCACCGGCAAGCGCUCUCGUAAAUCAGUAUCCGUCAGGAACAGUGACAACAGAUUGGCUGUGGACUCAUCCCCGCAACGAUGAUUUAUUAACCAAUCGUAAAACCGCUGGUCAGACACUAGAAUCGUUCUAUCAAAGCUUUCGUUUGAUACCGGCAAAAGAUCGCGAGUUUUGGCGACUUGGUCGUGUCUUCGCUACGUUGAAAUUUGAACCGGUAGACUUCGCGGGGAAUUAUAAGUUCAACACGGAUAUGCUGUCAACUGUGACAUUCAAUGACAUGUACUCGGUCAGAUAUUGUUUCGUAGUGGUGGGGGUUGAUCGAGGACACGUCGUCCAUACGAGUCAAAUCCUCCCAUGUGGGUCUUACCCUACUAUGAGGAUUGGAGUAAAUCCUAUCGCGUACUUCACUGGCACGGAUUCUGCGACUUGUUACAGUUCAGGCGAGUUUGAACAUGGUAUGAACAAGGAACCCGUUCAAAUUGAACCAGCGGAGCCGUCUUUGACCAUGAACCCAAAAUGCCGAAUCCAAAUUCGCAAGACAUUUGGUCAAACGAUGAAUGGUUACGUGAAGGACAUUGGCACAGUGCUGCCAGAGCACCUAAAUAGAUUACUCAGUUAUAUUCCAGAAAGAUCUCAUGGGUUUUGGAAUGUUCAUGGAGCGGUAAGUAGGCAAAGCGACUAAGCACAAUACACCAUGACGAGAAAGGGACUUUGAUCGACGAAAUCAUCCUGACCUGAACAUCCGAUCGAUUUGACAAUUAC